AUGUGGAUUCAUAAUGGGGAGGGAAGAAGCAUGUCCCGCCUGUCUCUAACACGGUCCCCGGUUUCUCCUCUGGCUGCUCAAGGAAUUCCUCUCCCAGCUCAGCUCACCAAGUCGAACGCUCCCGUGCACAUCGAUGUAGGAGGACACAUGUACACCAGCAGCCUGGCUACCUUGACAAAGUACCCGGACUCCAGAAUAAGUCGUCUGUUUAAUGGCACGGAGCCUAUUGUCUUGGACAGUUUAAAACAACAUUAUUUCAUUGAUCGAGAUGGUGAAAUUUUCAGGUAUAUAUUAAGCUUCCUAAGGACAUCUAAGCUACUGCUCCCAGAUGACUUUAAGGACUUUAAUCUUUUAUAUGAAGAAGCAAAGUAUUACCAGCUGCAGCCAAUGAUUAAGGAACUUGAGCGAUGGAAACAAGAGAAAGAACAAAGGAAACAUUUCCAGCCUUGUGACUGCUUGGUCGUAAGAGUGACUCCAGAUCUGGGGGAGAGAAUUGCGUUGAGCGGGGAGAAAGCUUUAAUAGAAGAGAUCUUCCCGGAGACCGGGGACGUCAUGUGCAACUCCGUAAACGCAGGCUGGAACCAGGACCCUACCCACGUUAUUAGGUUUCCUUUGAACGGAUACUGCCGGUUGAAUUCAGUGCAGGUGCUCGAAAGAUUAUUUCAGAAGGGGUUUAACGUGGCAGCUUCGUGCGGCGGUGGGGUGGAUUCCUCUCAGUUCAGCGAAUACGUGCUGUGUCGCGAAGACAGACGACCACAGCCCACCCCAACGAUCAGAAUAAAACAGGAGCCCCUGGACUAGACCCUGCCCGUACUCCUUUGUAACCGUAGAAGUGUUUAAUAGUCCCUUAUGUGAAACACUAAGGAUUUGCAAAACAGUAUUAGCAAACAGAUUUUGACUUUAUGUUGCCAACUAGUGGUAUUCUGAAACUACCUGUCACAUCGCCAGCCAUGAAAUGCAUUCGAAAAACCAGUUGUCCGUUUUUCACGCUGAAAUUCCUGAGCGUGCUCCGGGCGCCGGCCCCGCUGGGAACGUACCUGGGGCCGACCAGCCGUGGUGGUGAAAAAGGCGAACCUCCGAAGCCCCUGACCCCGGACGGGCCUUCUGCAGCCAGACCGAUGACAGCAA